AUUUGAUUUCUGAACGUACAACAGGGGCGUAAAAUAAUCCGCCAUCUUGUCCCAGUGACAAUUUAGGGUUUAAUUUAGUUUUUAACCCGUCUUUUUUCAAUUAAUCCGAUAGUUAAAGUGAUAUUUAGUGAGCUGUGGUGUGUUUAAAAAGCCUGUGAUAUUUUUGUGUACAAUUAUUUUUGUUUAUCAUACGAAUAUCUUGACAUUGUUAGUUGACCGAUUUUGACGUCGAAGGAACAACUACAAUAAUCAAAAUGGGUACAAGAGAGGACGAAUACGACUAUUUAUUCAAAGUUGUUUUAAUCGGCGAUUCAGGGGUGGGAAAGAGCAGUCUCUUGUCCCGAUUCACUAGAAAUGAAUUCAAUCUAGAAUCAAAAUCUACAAUAGGUGUGGAGUUUGCAACAAGAAGUAUAGAGGUGGACGGCAAAACCAUAAAGGCGCAGAUAUGGGACACGGCGGGCCAGGAGCGGUACCGCGCGAUCACGUCGGCGUACUACCGCGGCGCGGUGGGCGCGUUGCUGGUGUACGACAUCGCCAAGCACCUGUCGUACGAGAACGUGGAGCGGUGGCUGCGCGAGCUGCGCGACCACGCCGACCAGAACAUCCUCAUCAUGCUCGUGGGCAACAAGAGCGACCUCAGGCAUCUCAGAUCAAUCCCAACAGAAGAGGCGAAGGCGUUCGCGGAACGGAACGGGCUCAGUUUUAUUGAAACGUCCGCCCUCGACUCCACCAACGUGGAGCCGGCAUUCCAGAACAUAUUGACCGAGAUCUACAGGAUCGUCUCGCAGAAGCAGAUGCGCGACCCGCCCGAGGGUGACGUCAUCCGGCCCGACGCCGAGCCGGCCGACGUGCGGCCAUCGGGCGCCGACUCUGUACGCAAGCAGUGCUGCCAGUAGAGCGAGAAAGUCCAUUUACUUUUUGGAGUGGAAGAGAGAAAUGAACGGAAUACAAAACGCAAGUAAAUGAAUCAUUCCCAGACUAGCAAGGUCUAAUCUCUAACAAUAUCACGUUGCCAGCUCUGAGUGCACCUGCCGUUUGUGACUACUUACUGAUCGUUUUUGAUGAGGUUCUAUUUUAUAGAUGUUUCUAGAUUUGAAGAAGUUAUAUGUUUAAAAGAAUGGGCAAUUUCAUUCAUAAACAUUUUUCUUGAUUGUUCAUCAUUCUUGAUUGUGGCUUAGUUUUAUCUCUUGCCUGUAGAAACAAUAUAUCUAAUCUAAAUCAAAAUAAUUAAAAUCCAAAGGACACUACGAAAAAACUGCCUUCUGAACGGGUGGUAGAAGCUUUACAAAUAGUCAACUGACGUUUCAAAAGUGCUUGUAAACUGAGCCUACUUGAAAUAAAUUAAUUUUGAAUUUUGAAAUAUCAAAAACCGGUGGAGGUACAUAGAUGAAAUUUGGCAGGGAGGUAGAUUAUAGCAGAUUUCCGGUAAGAACGGAUUUUGCAAUAGAACCGAAUAGGUGGACGAAGUUGCAAGCGUCCGCUAGUUAUUUAAAAAAACCCGUCAAAUGUUUUCGUAUUAAAACACAAUGUUGUGUUAUUUAUUGUAUUAUUUUACACCUUUAACCUUGAAUAUAGCUUCAAAGCAAAGCAACGUUCCAGCAAAGCUUUAUUGAAAAAAAUUGAAAAAAGAAAUCAUCUUAUUUCGUUACAUUCUGAGCUUGGUUGGUUCUUGGCCUAAUUGGAUUAUAUUAACAAGACCAACAAUAUUAUACUUCUCAUUUCUACUUUUAAUUACGUCAUUCACUGUUUCCCUUUAAAAAAUAGUCGAAAAAUUUGUUUUGGACUUGGCAAAAUCAUGUUUGUUCGGAGUUGGAUUUUUAAUUGGAAAAUAAGGAUUUCUUACUGGAAACUUCUAUAAAAUCAACCUCAUGUGUAUAGUAAAUCCUCAUUGGAAUUAAUGUUAAUUUUUUGGCAAACUUAAUAAAAUUUCUUUGUAUUGUGAAAGUCGUACAAGUGCGUCCACUACCCGCAUUAAACGGAUUUUAUCUAAUGAAAAAUCCGUUUUGUUAAGAUACGUCCGAUACGUACGAUGCGGAUAUGUGGACGCUUACCAUUAUCUGGCAAAAAGCAUUCCAGUGAAGAUUACUUUAAAUGUAUUUAUCAGUAUAGUAUUCCAGACAUAAUAAACAUUUUCGAUGUUCAAAAAUAUAAAAAAAGUUAAUACAGUAUGACCAGAGAUAAUGAACUUUGGAUGUUCAAAAAUAUACACAGUCUUGGGGAUAGUACUGCUAGAGAUAAGAAACAUUUCGGAAAUAUACAUAUUUAAGCGCAGUAUGACCAGAGAUAAUAAACAUUUUCGACUAAUGGCUGGCAACACUGAAGCAAGAGUGGCUCAUGUAGAUAGCUUUGUGUAAUUAUUAAUGUUUAGUGUCGGAACUAUUUGCCUAAGGUUAACUAUAAGGCACUCUUUACUGAAUUGAAUGUUAAUUUCCAAAAUUUAGGAAAUAUAAAGUAAAUAAUUGGGCUGUAAGGAUGUGCCUAUAUGUGUAACACAUGUGUGAGGACUGUUUAUAACGCAUAUUGAUGCAAAAUAAUUAUAUUUUACGUGAAUAUUAAAGGAACCUUAUUUUAUGGGAAACAAUGCAUUGUCAUUCAAUAUUCGUUAUUUAUUUAAAUAUCGAUGGUGUUAUUAUAAUUGUAAUUUUGGAUCAGUAUUCUAAUUCGUUUCUCAUUCUGGGAGCAAUUUAAAAGAGAUAUUUACUUACAUAUACACACACACAUAUAGCUUUUUUACGUUUUUUUAUGAAAAAAAUAUGAAUUCAUCACAGUCUUAGUAAUCUUAUAGAACAAUGAUUUUUUUACCUUGAAACAUUUAAGAAAUUUAUGGUACAGAGUGCCUUUAGUUCACCUUAGAAUAUAAAAUCUGUAUUAAAAACACGGAGAGGCAAUUUACGUAGUAAGAGUCAAGAAGCUAAAACAAUGCACUCGGUUCGUUUCCGCCGCUUUCAGAUCAUAUUAUUGUAUACAAGUGUUACUAUAUCCUAUACACGUCCAACUGUUUUAAUAAAGUUGUAGCAUACGUAAUGUCAGCCACUGACCAUCCAAUAAUUUAAUUUUUUUUGACAUGAAAACUUAACUUAUAAUUUGAUGGAGCCGGCUGUACACUCGAAAAAAUAUGACGCCAUGCGUCGUUCCCUCGCUCUAGGGUUGCCAACUUUUUUUACAAGAAAUAAAGUAUAUUCUGGUCUAUGAAGAUUAUUAAACAGUAUUUUAGAAAAACGAACAUUUUCUUUUGAAAAAUGCAACCAUUAGUAUUUUCUUAUGACGCUGUCACGUUCAACUAUCGUCAGUAAAUUGACCUUACAGACAACCGAUUUUUUUUUCAUGUUCAUGUUCAUGAGUUCAUGAGUUUUAGGUUAUGAACUAACAAAAAUAAUAAUAUUCAAUAUUAACUAUUUAGUAGAUCCUCAAAAUUGAACUUGUCAGUCUUCACCGAACAAUCUCCUUCGUGCCUCCAUUUAUUCGACACUGGCGAGAUAAAAUGUGCCCGGUUGUCACAAAUGACAGCCAUAAAGAAGAAUUGAAUUGUAUUUCAUGAGUUUGCAGCGCUAAAUCUGAUAAAACUGGUUGUUGGUCACAAUAUGAAUGAUGUCGUGCACAUCGCGAUCAGUUAUAUUAGAUGUCCUGCUGUAACGCUGCAAACUCAUGAACUUAUUGGAUGGUCAGUGGCUGACAUAACAUAUUUUGUCUCGGACUAGCCUGUUAGAUAAUUUACGUGGGAUGAGGACUUUGUCCAGGAAAGUCAACUUUAAAAAGACAGACUUAUCCUGUCGCAGACCUUUUUGUCAGACAUGUGACAAACACAAUAUGACAAUUAAGUCAACUGUCAUUGCCAUAGAUGUAUAACUUUUAACAAGCUUUUGGCAUUGCUUAGUUUAACAACCAAGACUAGUUAAUUCUUAAACUACACAGGAUAGCUGGGAUACUUGAGCGUUAUUAAAAUAGUUUGGCGUGUGUUUCUUAUUUUUUUUUUAUUUAAGAGAAAAUUAUUUUGUUUUCUAUUUCGACUUAGUUAAUUCAAUAUUAUACGAAUAUCUAUUUAUUUAGUUAAUUUAAAGUGUUUAAAUUAAAGAAAACUAGCCAGUUUUGUGAAAAAAAAGUUAUGUUAUUGAAUCGAUGUUAAUAAAAAAGAAGAUUAUGCCAGGAAAAAUGAGACGUUUUUAUAUAUAAAUAAUAAUAAGUAUUUUUUAUUGAAACAAGUGAUUAUAUUUUAUAGUUACUUGAGUCAACUUCACAACGCUAUUUGGUUAUAUAAUGCACCGAUUGACAACCAUUCCCUUUUAGUGCAAAGAGUAAAUAAAAAGUCAAAGCUGCACUAUGGCUGUAGUAAUCACUAUAAUCUGUACAAAGGUAUUAUCAAUGAUAAUAAAAACAAAUAGCUCUUUAAGCUAAUUGGGAAUCGCACCAAACUUUGUCAUCAUAAAUUGCACCAUGUUGGUUGAACCAUAGACAAAAAAAUAACAUCCGUCUUAUUCUGUUUGUCAAUGACACGCCAAUCACUUGUUUAGUUCUUUUUUUGUCUAUGGGCUGAACAAUAGAAUGUAGUGUCAACUUCUUGACACUUGUGUGUCAAAGUUUAGUGCGGGAAAUACAGAGCACAAUAGUGCACACUAAAACAAGCAACUUGUGACAUAUCCUUUUGGAACCCCAUUUUCUUGUAACUUUAUUCCUUCCCGUCAGUUAUAAACACCGUGUUUAGACCGAUGUAUACUAAUCCUAAGACUUUUUAUAGGUGUCUUUAAAGUGACAUAUAAUGGUAGGCGUACACAGAUCCGCAUCGUACGUAUUGGACGCCUUGCAUCUAACAGAUUGUAGUAUUCUUUGUAUAGAAAGUUACUAGUGUACACUAGUGCGUCCAGUGAUCCGCAUCGCACGGAUUUUAUCUACCGUAAAAUUAAAAAUCCGUUUGAUGCGAUGCGUCCGAUACUUGCGAUGCGGAUAAGUGGACGCCUGCGUUAAAUGGACAUACUCCCUAAGAACUGUUUAGUGUUUAUAUAAGAUUGCGACAAAAAUCAAAGAAAGGGAUAAGGUUACUCGAAUUUGAAUCCAAACGGAUAGAUCUAGUCCAUGUUUUUUUUUGUAAAUCGAUGGCAUUUGUAAAAAAAUCAUAUUAUUCAAAAAGCAAUAACUCUGUUAUAAAAGUAUAAUAAUUAAAACUGCUUGUUAGCAACCGCUAGAUCACAGUAGUGACAUGUCACCUUGGUCGCAUUUGUAUUGGCAUAGAAAAAUAUAAUAUUAGAGUAUCAGAUCACUGCUAAGCACGAGUCUCCUCUCAGAAAGAGAAGGGAGGAAAUUAGGCCAAUAGCCCACCACGCGGGCCUAAUGCGGAUUUUCAGACUUCACACUCGUAGAGAAAUACGAAAAUUCUCAGGUAGGCCGGUUUCCCUAUGCUGUUUUUCUUCACCGUUUGAGAAAUGGGUAUUUAAUUUCACCCUAUAAGGAGGUGCGUGCCCUGGACCAGAUUCAAAGCCACACCCUCCAGAAUCGGAGGCAAAGGUCAUAUCCACUGGGCUAUCACAGCCUAUAAGUUGGAUAUCAAUCAAUUCUUGAUUCCCAACUUACACCGAUCAACCUCUUAGAAAGUGUCUUCCUUACCACGUGACACUGGCAAAGUAAAUUGGACCCAAUUGGUAAAGCAACAAGUCAUAAAAUCAAAAAAAAUAAUUUUAGAGUACCUACCUACAUGCUACUUAUUAUGUAUGUAUGGAGAUACCAUAAGGAUCCAGACCCUCAACUGUUUAAGUAUAAAGUAUAAUUUUUUUAUAUUUUAUCUGCAUAAUAUGAGAAAUUAUAUCCCCAUUUGCCAGGCAACUUGCUUCAUGGCAACCCUGCACUGGAGUCCUAAAGUCCCCCAGACUACAGAGGGCCUCUUACGUUUGAAGGCUAAAAUUAGUAAUAUGUAAUCCUCAAUCUCCUUUGGUUUGAAGAAUCUAUGAAUAUCCGUAUAUUCAUAGGUUUUUCUAAAAUCUUUCAGUUUUAAGAAAUCUUUACCAUUCAUAUUGGGCCCAUUGUCAGACAUUGUCUAUUGUGAUCUGCGGUUAUCUAACAUUAAUAAAUAAUUGUUUUUGCAUAACACUAGCUGGUAGUUACGAGUUAAGUAAACGAGGGAUAGCUUGUAAAAAAAAAAACAAUUUUGUUUCUUUACGGAUAUUACGUGCCUUCGCACAUGUGACAACACUCAUGUGCGUUUAUUUGAGCUUUUAAUGUUUUAUUUCUUUUCCAUGUUCAAGUUUGAGAGAUGUCGGGGUUAUAACAUCUUUUUGUAUAUUGUGAGUGGAACCAUUUGAAUGGGUCGUCAAAAAGUCCAAAAGAUAAGUUUUCCCUUAAUUAUGGAAGAAUUUUAAUUUAAAUAAAUGUGGGAUGUCCCGAAAUUUUUCGGGUCGGUGACAACCCUACAAUUUUUUAAAUCAAAUUCUUGUUUUGAUUCGAUAAAAUGGAAUUUCUUUUGGAGUUACUGACAAAUAUUUACAAACGAAUUGGAAUGGCAAUACAAAUCGCACCUUUUUGCUUCAUUGUAAAAAUAACCUUAAGCGUUGUAUUAAUAAGUGCUAGUUUCGGGGAGCUAGGAGCCUAGUGCCGAGCAUAAGCAAUACUCAGCCUGGUCUCGUCGCAACACUGAUCACUCCUGACAUAGGUUAUGUACCGCGUUGUUCGUUGUAUCGUAAGAAAUAUGUUAUUUGUAUUAUGGUCUUACAUAUGCAUGGUUAUUUUUUUAGUGCCUAUCUGUAAUUACUUUAUUAAAGACAAAGAUAAUAAAAUAUAAUGUAAAUUU